AUGCCUCCCUCUGAGAACAUUAACGACGACGACAACGUCGAUGUCGCCACGAAUAAUUUAACCUCUCGUUUUAACGAUAUGUUCGCCGCGUCGCCCUCCUCCUUGCGGAAGAUUUCUUCUUCUCCUUCGUCUUCGAGAAAGGAAUAUCCAAUACAUGUUGCAGACGACGGCGAAGGAAAGAUUCGAGACGUCUCUCGCUUCGCGUCGAUGUUUUCGGCGUCGCCGGCGGAGUUGAAGAAAUCGAGAGAGCAGUCCUCGCUGCCGUCUCCGUUACCUUCGAUUGCCAGGGUGAUUUACGACGACAUCAGCACGUGCAAGGACGACGACGAUGGUCUUUCGUCUUCCGCUGGGAAGCACUCGAACUCGUUCGAGGAUAUGUUUCUCGCGAGUCCAGCGGCGUUGAGAAAAAUUGGACAGACGCCGCAAAAUACACCAGUUGGACGAGAGCAUACCAGCGCCGAGAAUAUCGUGUAUCGCAGCAUGGAAAACAAACCGGAAGCGCCUCCGUUACCUGUGACAUUUGAGGACAUGUUUUCGGCUUCGCCGAAGCAGUUGAAAAACAUCGCUUUGAACGACAAGUUGCGCAUACACGAAAGACCAGUUUUGGACAGUUUACGUUUACGAACGUCCACUUCGAACACGGCUUCGGUACCAUCGUCAUCGUCGUAUUCACUCUGCGAUCGAUUUGAAGUGAAAUAUCUAUUACUAGCAAAAGAUGAAGAAGAAGCCAAGAAAAUUACGCUAGAGAUUUGUUUAGAACAGACUGUGGAACUUCCCGAGUCGCUCGUUCCGGAGGGCACCUGGAUUCGCGAACACGUCGUUGGAAGAUGCGAAAAAUUGAGCGAAGCAUCCAAGUGUUUGAAAAGUCGCGCGUAUUGCCCUUCCAAGAACAACGUCGAAAAGAAUAAGAAUGCGUUCGAGGCGACGGUUUCGUAUCACUCCGAUUGCGCCGGAAACGAGCUGACGCAGCUCAUAAACGUGAUAUUUGGCAACACCUCGAUUAAAGAGGAUGUCAUGGUAGUAGACGUCAAACUACCGCAUUGCAUCUUAAAAGAUUAUCCGGGACCGCGCUUCGGCUCCGUAGGUUUGCGAAGGAUGCUUGGCGUUCAUAAAGGCCCACUUUUGAUGACUGCGUUGAAGCCUAUGGGUUCUUCGGCGGACGAAUUAGCAGAAUUUGCGUAUCAAUUCGCACUCGGCGGUAUCGAUGUAAUCAAAGACGACCACGGACUAGCAGACCAACCGUACGCACCGUUUGAAGAACGGGUUAAGAAAUGUUCCGAAGCUGUGAGAAGAGCCAAUUCGAUUACCGGAAGACGUUGCGUUUACGCACCCUGCCUCAACGCCCCGGCGCAUUUAAUCAUUCGCAGAGCAUUUACUGCUAAAGAUUUAGGCGUUGGUGCCGUCUUAAUGAUUCCAGGUAUCACCGGAUUAGAUGCCUGUCGUGAACUCGCGGCGGACGAUUCCUUCAAGCUGCCGAUUAUCGCGCACCCAGCUAUUCUAGGAAGCAUGCUCGGCGGCGGCACGAGAAAUUCUGUCCGAGGCUUUGCGCACGAAGUUUUACUCGGAGUUUUACCAAGAAUCGCAGGCUGCGAUAUGACUAUCUUCCCAACAUUUGGCGGACGAUUUGGCUUUAGUAAAGAUGAAUGUUUAGGAAUUAAAUCCGGAUGCGAGCGCGGCGAUUUAGAAAAUAUGCCUUCAAUCGUGCUCACUCCAGGCGGUGGCAUGACGAUGGAGCGAGUCAAAACCAUGCGGCAAGCGUUCGGUGAUGAAAAUUUGUGUCUAUUAAUAGGCGGAAGUCUCUACGGCGCGGGAAAGGAUUUGGCCGAAAACGCGCGAGGCUUCUUAAAGUUAGCCGGAAGAGAAGAUUUGUACGGUCCGUUUGAGGAAAACAAAAAGUAG